AUGGAUUCACAUCCUAAAUCACCUGGUAAUGAAGUUCGUGAUUCUGUUAAUUCAGAUUUGCAAAAAAUAAAAUUCAUUGAUGCAGCUUUAAUUCUCAGAAGUCAAUGGACCUUAGUUGGUGAAUGUAAGCUUAUUCCAUUAGGAAGGGGUUUUUUACCAUUAAAUUGGAUAAUGAAAUCGAUAGAGCCUAUAUCAAAUCAAGAAAUUGGUACACCUAUUAAAAUUGAUGCUGCAACUGCAAAAUGUGAAGUAGGAUAUUAUGCAAAUGUUUUAGUUGAAGUGGAUUUUGCUGAGUCUAUACCUAACAAAAUAUGGAUUGGUACAAAGUUUGGUGGUUUUUUCCAAGAUAUUUUAAUUCCAGAUUGUCCUAAAUUCUGUUCUACUUGCAAAAUCAUUGGUCACUUGGUUACAAAAUGCGAAAUAGAGAGAAGUAAGAAUUUUAAAAUUCAGAAAGAAGAUUCUCAACAAAAGCUUAUUCUGAGAAGACAAGUUCACAAUCAUACUCCUUUUGAUAUUUGUGACAGAUCUGAAGUGGAAGUUCCUCAUUCCAAUCCUCAACCACAGCAGGUGAGAAUCCAGAAUCCUGAAGUUGAUACUCUUGUAUCAAACAUUAAUGCCAAUACUCUACAAAACCAAGCUUCUAGCUCCACUACACCUCAAUCAGUUGAGAGCCAACUUUCUGUAGUGGAUUCAAUAGUUUCUUGUAUUAUUACUCCAUCUUCACAAAAUAAAGUCAGUGCUCCAAUCAUUACACAACCAGUUGGAAAUAGAUUCAAUGUUUUAAGUGUGCCAGUUGCUGAAACAAAAGAAGAUCACUCUGAGUUUGCAGAUGAUUGUGUAGAUGAGGAAAUCAUAGUUGAACUAGAGCCACAAAAAUUGUUGCAGAUUGCUGAAUCUACAGAACUUGAGAAUAGUGUAGUUAAGUUUUUGGAUGGUGGUACUGGUAAAGUCUUAACAGAGAAUGUUCAAUUCACCACUUGGUCAGAAAUGGUUAUGAUUAGUGAACUCAAAAAGCCUUGGCUCAUUUUAGGUGAUUUCAACGCUAUUCUAACCACAAAAGAAAAAAUAGGGGGAAGGUCUCCUUCUAGAAGAUCAAUGUUGGAUUUCAAUGAUUGUGUGGAUCAAUGUGAACUUUUGCAAGUAUACAAACUUGGUUUGGAGUUUUCUUGGUCAAACUGUCAACAUGGAGGAAGAAGAAUUUUGAGUAAUCUUGAUAGAGCAAUGUAUAAUAUGGAUUGGCUGAACAAAUAUCCUCAUUGGGGUUAUAAAGUUGGUCUUAGAAUUGUCUCUGAUCAUUCUCCUCUAUUUUGA